AUGGUCUCAGCACCCAAACCACCGACUGCUCUGCAGGUCAGUUCCCGCAAGCCCGGCUGUGUUUGGCUCUUACAGCUUGUUGCCCGUGGACUCGCUCUCGCUUCAGCUUUGGGUCUUCCGAGCCCCGGAAUGGCGGCAGUGGUCGACAGACUGAAAGCGGUGUACUGAGGCCUCACGUUCUUCUCUUUCGAUCUAUUCAGAUUGCAGUAUUGGUGGCCGUCAUGCUCGUUGCAGGUGCGUGCAACGUGCCGCUCUUCUCCUUUUUUCCACUCGUCGCUCACGACGUCAUCGAAGAGCGCCAUCGCACAACUCGUCACUGUUACUGAUCCACUUUUGGGCGAAUCCCUUCCCAUCAUACCCCAUUCCUCACAGGUACAUCCAAUAGCGUCUUCUCAAAAUGGCAAGACAUGCAAUGCGUAGCCAACUGCGACGACCCUGCGCGCAAAAAGGUGUACGAGCAACCCGUCUGGCAAACAGCAACCAUGUUCCUCGGCGAAACCCUCUGCCUCGUCGCCUUCAAAAUCAUCAACUCGAAAUACAACCCUUACAACCCCUCCCGGCGAAGAGUCGCUUCCGCCUCUGCACGAGUAGCCGCGAGUCAUUCCCAAUCGGCUCGACUCGCUUCGGCGCCACUUUCGAGGCCGGACGAGUCGGCGUUCAACUUCAACGAGUCGGCUAUCAGUUUGCGAGGUGAUGAGGAAGAGGAAGGGAUCAAGGCUGCUCAGAUGGCGGCGAAGCAGGCGGAGGAGAACCCGUUCGCCUGGGAGAGGGCGAUCUUGUUCUGGGGACCGGCUUGCUGCGAUAUCUGUGGAACGACGGCGAGUGAGUGGAGCCUAUCAUGCUGGAUGUGCCGAGUCGAUCGGAUUGACUGAUUACCGUCUACCCCUAUGCAGUGAAUGUGGGGCUGCUGUUUGUUCCCGUCUCGAUCUACCAAAUGCUCCGAGGCGCCUUGGUGCUGUGGGUCGGCGUGUUGUCGCUGCUCUUCCUCGGCCGCAAGAUGACAACGUCACAAUGGUCCUCGCUCGCGACGGUCAUGGCCGGUGUAGCCGUAGUCGGCUGCUCGUCCCUGCUCGACGCGCCGAAGAAAGAGGUGCAGUCGACCGCCGCGGACGAGCCCGCCGUGAGCCCGCUCGUGGGCGUCUGCCUCAUCCUCGUCGCACAAGUCUUCACGGCUUCGCAGUUCGUCCUGGAGGAAAAGAUCAUGGAACAUCAAGCCGUCGAGCCUUUGCUCGCGGCCGGUUUCGAAGGCUUCUUCGGUCUAUCGACGACGAUCACCGGUCUGCUCAUUCUACACGUCUUCAUUGGAUCAAAACCUUCUGGCCAAGGCGGCUACUUUGACGCGCCUGAAGGCUGGCAUCAGAUCGUGUCUAAUCCUUCGAUUUGGAGUUCUAGUAUCGCCAUCGCCAUCUCGAUUGCUUUGUUCAACUUUUGCGGACUCGCCGUCACGCGCACUCUGUCCGCGACGUCUCGCUCGACUAUCGAUACCUCCCGGACCUUGCUUAUUUGGCUCGUGUCCAUGUCGCUAGGGUGGGAACACUUCAAGUGGCUGCAAGUCAUUGGCUUCGGCCUACUCGUCUACGGCACCUUCGUCUUCAACGGGAUCACGCAGUUCCCCAAGUGGACCGGAUUACGAGAUACACCUCAACCCAUCACCGUCAUCCUCCCCGCUUCGGACGACGAGCUCUCAGACGGCGACGACGACGAAGAUGUGGACGAUCACCUCUCGCAUUCGAAUAGCUCUUUGGGGAGGUCACGUUCCGUCGAUACGAGUGGUCGUCCGGUGACGAAGCGGUCGGGAUCAGGGAGGAGAGGAGAGGUCAGCCCACUGCUCAAGAACAUUGACGAGUCGUGA